GGAGAAUCCAUUCUCUCGGCUCUUCCAUUGCAUUUGCUGUCACCGCCGAGUGAGAUACAACUCUCAGCGGAUGUGAGUUUUGUGACUUCCAUUUGGUAUUGGUAACGAUCUCUCUGAGGUCGAUCGCACAGUUGCGGCAGCUGCGCUGCUUAAUAUUAUUUUUCGCAAAUUGGGUGAGAUAGGAGGGAUGCAGAAUUCGUGAAGAAUCAAGAAACCGCGGAAUUCGUGAGAGAAAAAAAUUGGGGCUAUGGAGAUGACUAAAGAAGAUGACGGGGAUCGAAGCCAAAAUCAGAACCCAGUGGAAGGAUUGAAGGGGAAAUCAUGCAAGGGAUGUCUAUACUAUUCUUCGAUUCUAAAAUCCAAAGCUCGGAAUCCUCUCUGUGUCGGUGUUAGCAGAACCCUUCAACAAGUUCCUGGAUACAUCGUGGGAGAAUCUGAGAUGGAAGCUUCCAAAGAGGGCCGCAGUCUUACAGAUUUCAAGUAUGCUUGUGUUGGCUAUUCUGUGUACUUGGACAGCAAAGAUACUCCAACAGAUUCACAAGAUAGACAGGCUGAAUUGCCGUUCUGUGUUGGUAUUGAGCUUUUGGUGGACAAAAGAGCUUCAACUACUGACCAUGCGCCUGCUCAUGUUCACAAUAAAGAAGAUGGUGGUCAUGUUUUCCCUCAACCACGUACUUAUAAACCAGCGCAUUCCAUUGGGGAGGAAUUUUUGGGCAGGUUUACGAGGAAUGCAAGUCUGGUGGCUUCAGGUGUUGCCAGGAACGUCUAUAGAGUGGGCAAUUACAUAAAGGAUAAUAUUGAUGAUAUACUAUACGCUUACAGAAGGCGACCCAAAUAAGAGCUGGGCUUGCCUUUACUUUGUGACAAUAAAGAAGAGAUCAUUCAGCAUUUGUUGGAUCAUCCUGGUGUGUGGUCUUCAUUGUUCAUGUUUCUUCUUUUUAUGCUAGUGUGAGUAAAAUCACUACUGUUUGCCUGGAUCAGGUGCAUUGAUGAUCCAACUCAAGACUCGUGAUUCAAAGCAUUCAGGUCAAUGAUAUGUUGAUAACUAUAAUUAUGGAAUGAGAUGGAGACUAAAUUCUUCAAACAGAAAAUGAAUUGUAUGCACAAGAACAUCUCAUUAACAUGAUUCUGUUUUCAUUAA